UCAUAUUACAUGGAUAUCUAAUGUACUUUUUUAAAAAAGACUCAAGGACAAAAGAAAAUUGCAAGCAUGAUGGAAAGUAAAGAAGUACACAAAAGAAUAUUUCAGAUUGAGUGGGAACAUAAGAAAAUGGAGAUGGAAAGGGAAGAUCUAAAUCAGAAGGCUUGGGAUAUUCAGAUGCUAUUUUUUUCAAGAGAUCGUCAAAAGUUCCUAAAUGAACCAAACUAUGAGGCUCUGAUUAGUAUUCAGAUUGGAAUAAUGGAACAAACCAUUGCUGUUUUAGAUAAGACCCACAAAAAGAAUGUGGAAAACUGCAAGAAACUACUCAAAAAACUUGGAAAGUUCAGCAAUCAAAAAGAUAUAGCAAAUUAUAACCUAAGCUGCAAUCUACGAGAAGAGUUGGUAGCUGUCUCAGAGAGAAAAGACAUCUGUAAUGCAAUGGGGUCUAAACUGACUUGUGAAAAGAUUGCCAAAGAACGGUAUGAAAACAUGAUGCAACAGCAGAAGUUAACAAAUAUUUCAAAACAACAAGCUGAACAGAUUUCAAUACUACAGACUGAAGUUGAAAGAUUAAGGAUGAAAACAUUUCCUGCUCUUGUUCAAAUGUAAAAACACUGGCAGGAAAACACAAGGCCAAAUCAAUCAUUUAAAAAAUCAUUUCAUUUGGGCAAAAUGAUUUCCUUUCCUUUUUUACUGGCAAAUUGAAGUAGCAUGUCCUCUUAGUUGCAUGUUUUAGAUUAAAAAAAAAAAAUGCUUAGUUUUAGCCUUAAUUGUAUACAAAUUUUUGUCCUGCAUGAAUAAAUGUGUAAAAUACCAUGAAUUGUUUUUAUUCAAGAAUAAACAAGACGAGAUCAGAAAGUA